UUUUUACAUCCACCACCAACAAAAAAAGGGAAACCACGUAAAUUGUUGUAGUGAACUAACAAUCAACAGCAUCAUCUGUUCUCUCGAACAGACAAACAAAAUCCAUAAUCCGUUUAGCCAACCAUACGGUUCCACUGCAAACGCCCUAUACCCCGAUAUCCUUUUUUGUGAACCCCGUGUGUGUCCUCCCCUUCGAGUCAAAUCAACGAUAUGCGUCACGCGUCUUCUAUCAUCUCAGUGGAAUGUUAAUAACAUCAUCGUACGGGUUGUGGAAAAAGUUUUAACGACCCAAAAAUCGUAGCUUCCCACUACACGUACAGGUGGCAAGUUUGCUCCCCUUCACUGUAGCACCACAAUAGAGAAAGCGAGAAAGAACUAUUACUGACUCUUCCAUAACUGUAAUCGUGCGUACGAACGCCUGUACUCUAACCAAAAGCAAAUACUUACCCAAACGGUUGAAAAAUCCAUACUUAUAAUUAUCUUCCUGGGGUGGAGCAGAAAAACUGUGAAAGCUGGAGCAAUUAGAGCAACUCGCGAAACUUUCCAAGAUGAACCGAAAGGCGGAACUGGAGCGGAAGAAGGCCAAACUGCAGGCCCUCCGCGAAGAGAAGGAUCGCCGGCGGAAGGAGAAAGAGCAAAAAGAUCUAGAAGAGGCCGCCGGGAAGCUAGGUCAUUCGGAAACUAGCACACGAAAGGAUCUAGAUGAAAUGCUUUCCUCACUGGGUGUGGCUCCCGUAUCGGAGGUACUGUCGUCAUUAUCUUCGGUUAAUUCGGCCACUUCUGAUCAAUCAACCACACACACGCCCGAUGCAAGCCUGCAGCCCAGCAUCAAUGGACAAAGUUAUCGCAAAAAGCCGGUCAACCUUUGCCUGGUAUCCGUACAGGCCACCAACAUUCCCCCGAAGGAAACGGUCGUUUACUCGAAACAGACUCAAACGAACAGUUCUGGUGGCCACGAGCGCGACGUUUUUUCUUGCCAUUCCUCACCUCUAUCAGGAUAUAUGGAGGAUUGGUGGAGACCGCGUAAAGCCCACGCAACCGACUAUUACGAUGAAUACAAUCUUAACCCCGGUUUAGAGUGGGAGGAUGAGUUUACAGUGCUUACUUUUGGGGACGGUCAAGGUGACGAUGAGGAAAGCUCCCUCACCCAUAUCGACCAUGGGUUUCACUCGAAGCUGCCGCCCGGUAUACUGCCGCACGGUUUACCAACGGUGAAGGAAGUGGCACCGGCCAUCACGCCACAGGAGCAAAAGAAGGAAGAUCUGAAGGAAGUGAAAGAACUUUCCGCUGAGCAGAAACAGAUGAUCAUACUUUCGGAAGACUUUCAGCGUUUCAUCCUGCGCGCUGGCAAGGUAAUGGAACGGGCACUGUCCGAAACGGUCGAUAUCUACACAGACUACAUCGGUGACGGUGAGGCGGAUGAUAUGAAUGACGAGAAAUCGCAUGCCCGGCUAUCGCUGAACCGCACCUUCUACUGUGACCGUUGGUCGAAGAACCGAUGCGUGACAUCGUUCGACUGGUCGACGCAUCACCCGGAGCUGAUGGUUGCAUCGUACCACAGCAACGAGGAAACACCGAACGAACCGGACGGUGUGGUGGUCGUAUGGAACACCAAGUUCAAGAAGCAAACACCGGAAGAGGUGUUCCACUGUCAGAGUGCCGUCAUGUCGACCUGCUUCGCAAAGUUCCAUCCGAACCUGAUCCUUGGCGGUACCUACUCUGGGCAGAUUGUGCUGUGGGAUAAUCGGGUACAGAAGCGUACACCGAUUCAUCGAACGCCGCUGAGCGCUAAUGCCCAUACGCAACCAGUGUACUGUCUCUCGAUGGUUGGAACGCAGAACGCGCACAACGUCAUCUCGAUCAGCUCGGACGGUAAGCUGUGUUCGUGGAGUUUGGAUAUGCUUUCACAACCACAGGACGUGCUGGAACUGCAGCAUCGCCAGUCAAAGGCCAUCUCCGUCACCUGCAUGGCAUUCCCGCACAACGAGGUAAACAAUUUCGUGCUGGGCGGUGAGGAUGGUUACGUGUAUUCGGCGAGCAGGCACGGCAAUCGGUCCGGUAUUGGUGAAACGUACGAGAAGCAUCUCGGUCCGGUCACUGGCAUCUCGGCACAUCAUAACCAAUCGUCACCGGACUUCGGUCAUCUGUUCCUUACCUCCUCGAUCGAUUGGACGAUCAAGCUGUGGAGCCUGAAGGAUAACAAACCACUGUACUCGUUCGAGGACAACUCGGACUACGUGAUGGACGUUGCGUGGUCGCCGAUUCAUCCCGCCCUUUUCGCCGGCGUUGAUGGUAGCGGACGGCUCGACCUGUGGAACCUGAACCAGGACACGGAGGUACCGACCGCAUCGAUCACGGUGGACGGUCAGCCAGCGUUGAAUCGUGUUUCCUGGACACCAUCCGGUUUGCACGUGACGGUGGGUGAUGAGGCCGGCCGGAUCUACGUGUACGAUGUGGCGGACAAUCUCGCCAACCCGCGUAUGGACGAAUGGAACAAGCUGAACGCGGUACUGUACGAGCUGAAGAUGAACCAGACGGAUGAGUUCGACGAAAAGGACAAAAAGUCACCGGUGCCGCAAAACAACACGUCGCUUACAUCGCUUACCAGCACGCCGCUCAUAUGAAACACAAUGAUGCGACCAUACUGAGGCGGAAUGGAUGGAUCCAUGAUAGCGUAAAUCCACGCACGCACGUGGCGGAUCUAAUGGUAGGCGGAGUUUUUUUUGUCGACAGAGGCGACCACCAUCUUUAGUUUUAACGGCCCCAAACUCUACCAUUCCGCUUCGGGGGCCUCCGUAAAGCUUGAUCCGCUAAACUGUUCACGCAUAGAUUGUAUAAUUUAUUAACAUAACUUAACAUGCAAAACAUACGUUACAUAAUAUUCCGGGUAGUACGAAAAGCGGCGGGGAAAUAAACGCCAUACAGUCAUUUUGUCACGGUGCAGCGUUCUGCAAAUAGAUAGGGCAGUGCGAAGUUGCGAUAUUGAAACAACACAAAAUGGUUUACUAUGUAAUUAAUCGCGUGUACAGCGUGUCAGAAAAGUGUAAUUCGCUCUUUCCUGUUUAUGAAGAAACACUGUAAAAAAAAAGUACCAGUGGCGGGUUUAAACGCCGGGGGGUCCCCUGGAAGUGUAUAAAAUCAGACCUGUUUUCUCAAUCCCAAGCAUUUCGCAACCGGGACCCCAUUUGCAAGCGCCCCGCCACUGAAAUAAACAAAACAUAUACACACUAACAUGAAGGAAAACAACUCAAUAUGCGCUUACUGCUGUAGUUAUUUAAACAUUGAAGCUGAAAUAGACGUGUUUCAAUAAAACCAUAAAAUAUAUUCUUCCCUUCAGAACCUGUAAA